GUUCAUUCAACUCCAAAAUUGAGAGUUGAGACAAUCAAAUCCACAAUGACACUCGUCUGAAAGUAGUCCCCAUCUCAAAGGAAUCAUAUUCUGCAAUUUCAAUCAAAUUCUAACCGACCCACUUUCUUUGUUGGGUGCCUACUUUUUUGCUCUUCUUUUAUUUCUCACAUUUUCCUCUCUCUUCCCUUUAAAUUUUGAAUCUUGUACAGUAAUUCCCCCUUCUUCUCGCUGCAAAACUAAGCAACUAUGGCUUUCAGAGGGAGGAAUGCUCAAUCUGGAAUAGGAGUUGCUGAGCACACCAAGAACACAUUUACGGAACUGCAGAGGAAGAAGAUGCACCGUUAUGUGGUGUUCAAGAUUGAUGAGAAAAAGAAGGAAGUAGUUGUGGAAAAGACUGGAGGACCAGAAGAAAGUUAUGAUGAUUUUCUUGCAUCGUUGCCUGAGAACGAUUGUCGCUAUGCAGUUUAUGAUUAUGACUUUGUGAACUCUGAGAACUGCCAAAAGAGCAAAAUCUUUUUCGUAGCAUGGUCCCCAUCAGUGUCCCGCAUUCGCUCCAAGAUGCUCUACGCAACUUCUAAGGACAGCUUGAGGAGGGAACUGGAAGGAAUCCACUAUGAGAUUCAAGCUACUGAUCCAUCUGAAGUGGAUGUCGAGACUCUUCAGGACAGAGCUAAGUGAUCAAUUUCUCGAUAUAGCUAAUGAAGGGACCUUUUUGUUCUUAUAGUAAUGCGAACUAAUUGCGUAUGCUUUGAGACAAAGAUGCAUAUACCUUACUAGCUUGGUCAAUAAACAACUUGGUAACCCGGGGAGUCUGAUUAGGAGCUGUUUCUUUUGCUGUCCUGACUUAGGGGGGCUCUUUUGGUUCCUGAGUACCAUGAUGCUUCCCUAAUCCAUGAAAGUUGUAAUCCCAACUUACUCUCUAUGUAUCUGUAUGUUAUCUUUUUUGCAUUUUUGUAUCGUAUUGACUGUAUGACUGUAUGUAUUGGUCUCCAUGUUUUGAUGUUCUUUGACGUUCUUUGGUGACAUGUUGUGGAAUGAUACAAUUUCUUUAUUUCAUUGAAUAUCGAUUGGUCAUGAGAACUUAUAA